GCGGUUCUCGGUUGUGGAGAAUGUCCUUCUCUUUCACUUUGGAUGGAAUUGCGAAAAAUGAUGCAUCAUUAAAGGACACUUUCAAACCUUGCAAGGUUUAUUUCCAAUUUCCCAGACACAGUUCUGUGGGAUAUAAAGUAGCAGAAACUGGACCAGUGUGGGAUACCUGUUCAGAAGUUGAUGACAACACACAGCUUUACAGUAGACUGCUGGCUGAUCCCAGAACAGAGAGGAAGCCCUCUUGAAAGUGAAUGUGAAAGCGCCUAGAAGAGCUGUGGCCUGCGGGCAUUUACCUCACUGAUAUGUCAGUCACACGAGCAGACGGGAUGUCCAUUGCACAGGCUUUGGCCAUGACCGUAGCUGAGAUACCAAUGUUUCUUUAUUCUACAUUUGGGCAGUCUAUAUUCUCUCAGCUAAAACUGACACCAAGCCUGAAGAAGGUGCUAUUUGCCACAGCACUUGGUACUGUAGCGCUUGCUCUCACUGCCCAUCAACUGAAAAGGAGGGGGAGGAAGAGGAUGAAGAAGCAGGUAACACAGGGGAAAGAUAGCCAGAAGACAAUGGGAACACCUGAGGUGUUGAUGAGAAUGGAUAGACCUUUAUUUCUGAAGAGAGGUUCUUUACCUGGCCGACAGAUGAUGAGUCCAUUACGGAGUAACGACACCAUGAGUGGGAUUUCCUCUCUAACCCCUAGUAAACAUUCAAGUUCCUCACACAGCCUCACAUCGGUGCGGGUCCCAGUUUCGCCAAACCAGUCAGCCCAUUCGUCCAUACGACGGGAGGCAGAACCUGUAGUGGAAGAGCCAGCUAGUGCAGAGGAUGCAAAUGUAGAAAAUCUCUACAUAAUGGGGAUGGAGCUGUUUGAGGAAGCUUUGGAGAAGUGGGAACAGGCUCUGAACAUUCGCCAUCAUGCCCCUUCCACCUCCAGCAAUAACAGCAUUGCUCUUCAGGGGGCAGCAUAUAGAGAAGUUCCUAUUAUUGAAACCCACAACAAAGCAUUUGCUGAGAAGUUGGAGUCCCUACUACACCGAGCUUACCACCUCCAGGAGGACUUCGGCAGCACUAUCCCACCAGAUAGCCUGCUGGCAGACUUUGAGAGUGAAGGAACAAUCUUGCACCAAGUGGAGAGCAUAAGCUUGCACAGAGCGCACGAUGAUGAUGCAACAACUAUUACCUCUGAGGACUCCUUCUUCUCAGCUGCAGAGCUGUUGGAUGCCACUCCUCAAGAGGAACUGUACCAGCCCCUUAAUCCAGCUGCUUUAUAUGUAGAAGCCCUCAGUCUAGUCCAGGAAGAAAAAGUGAUCUAUCGGUCCCUCAGGACUGAAUUACUAGAAUGUUAUGGUGACCAAGACUUCGUUGCCAAACUUCAUUGUGUGAGACAAGCAUUCCAGGUUCUGUUGUUGGAUGAGACUCACCGCACAUUUUUUAUGGAGACAGGGAAGCAAAUUAUCACAGGGUUAAUGGUUAAAUCUAACAAGAGUCCCAAGGCCUUCCUGGAGAGUUAUGAGGACAUGAUGCAUUUUACCCAGAGAGAGGACUCAUGGCCCAUCAUCGAGAUGGAGCUAAAGAACCGAGGGGUGGUAUGUAUGAACUUUUUUGACAUUGUGUUGGACUUCAUUCUGAUGGAUGCAUUUGAAGACCUAGAGAGCCCUCCCCCAUCUGUGAUGGCUGUGUUAGGAAACCGCUGGCUGUCAGACAGCUUUAAAGAGACGGCCCUGAGUACUGCUUGCUGGUCUGUUCUGAAAGCCAAAAGACGUCUCCUUAUGGUUCAAGAUGGUUUUAUCUCCCACUUCUACUCAAUAUCAGAACAUGUGAGCCCAGUUUUAGCUUUUGGGUUCUUGGGACCAAGACAACAACUAAAUGAAGUGUGUAGUUUCUUUAAGCAACAAAUAAUGCAGUACCUGAAGGAUAUGUUUGACCACGAGAAGGUGCGCUUCACCUCUGCCCACUGCUUGGCUGAGGACAUCUCAAAUCUCUCCCACCGCCGUAGUGAGAUUUUGCUGGGCUAUUUGGGAAUCGAUAGCCUUCUUGAGCUUAAUGGAAGCUUGCCGAGAGACACAGGAGACCCUGUGGGGCCCAACUGAAAGCAGAUUCUCUGUGAGUUUUAUUGGCUUACCGGCCAGAUCAAAUCCAAUUGGACUGGCUGUUAGAGACAGACAAGCACUUGGAGCUGACUUUUGUUCUAUAGCUUAAGACUGGAACAAGCUUUUGUUCUAAGAUGAA